UGCCUGUGCAGCGGCUGCUACUGGUGGCUGUUAGAUUCAGGGUGCUGAGCUGGGCCCCCGCUAGUGUUAUCCUGCAGGGCUGCUGCUGCUUGUAUUUAAAAGUGUCUAGAUGUGAUGAAUUCUGGUUGUCUGCCCCUGACAUGCCCGUUUCCCCAGGGUGGCAACAAUCAGGCUGUGUCCGUUGGCAUGACAAUAAAAUAACCUGUCCUGUUAGUUAUUUCUGUGGUGAUAGCGUGAAGGGCCCCACAUGAAAUCAUGGCCCCAUUGUGCAGGGCACUGCCCACCCACUGAUCUCUGGUGCCAGGUGCUACACAACCCCUUGCUGAGAAUGAGGUUCCGCACCCCCCUUGACUGAGAUCAGAGGCACCUGUUCCUCCAGGAGCUGCAUGAAAUCUGAGCAUCCCUGCCCCUGAUCUGUAAUGUGAACAAGCUGAAUUUUAAAGUGAACUAUAUUUAGUAGCAGUUUUCAGCCUGGGGCUCCCUUCAAAUUAGGCAUUUAACUAGCUGAGAUGUCUCCUAGAAACAUCUCCCCCUUUUAUUCUAAAGACAACUGCCAGAUUUAUUUACUUACAUUUCGGUGGUUGUGGCCAAGGAGCUGAUCAUGAUUCUGAGAGCCAAGACUCCAUGGCUCUUCUUUCAGCUCAGGGAAGGAAUGGGAACCCAAUGAGGGGGAGAGGGCUGGGAGUCAGAACUACUGGGUUGUACCCCAGUGGUGUUAAGUUUCCCACUGGAAUGUGCCUUAUGCAUGACUGAUCAGGAUUUGGGGGUAGGGAUGUUAAAUUGUGUUUAAUCAGCUAAUCAAGUAGUCGAUGGAAUUUCCAUCGACAACUCGAUUAGUGGAUAAGAGGGGAAACUGCAGAGCUGCAGUGGAGCUAGCUCCCGGGCCUGGGCGCUAACCCCAUUGUGCCUCUGCUUUUUAAAUGUAUUAAGUGCUGCCAGGCUCCUAAUACAUUUAGAAGGCAGAGUCACCGCGGGUUGGGAAGGGGGGGGAACCGGUGUCAAGUCAGGAAUCAGUUGUCCUGGCUCACACUCGGUCAAGUCACUACUCAACUACCCAAUAAGCAUAUGCAAAUCACUUACAUCCCUAGUUUUGGCGGGUUGGGUGGGACAGUCUCUUCUUUCACCUCUAGAUAGUCCAGUCCCCAGUACCUGGCACAUCCCUUCACUUCCUACUCCAGGGCCAUCAUGGAACUGAACGGGAAGAAGAAACUUCAUGCUCUAUCCCUGGCAGAGAAGAUCCAGGUGCUGGAGAUGCUGGACGAAUCCAAGAUGUCGCAGUCAGAGGUGGCCCGUCGCUUCCAAGUCUCCCAGCCCCAGAUCUCCCGCAUCUGCAAGAACAAGGAGAAGCUGCUGGCGGACUGGUGCAGCGGGACUGCCAACCGGGAGCGGAAGCGCAAGCGGGAGUCCAAAUACAGCAGCAUCGAUGAGGCCCUGCUGUGCUGGUUCCAUAUUGCCCGCACCAAGAUGUGGGACGUCACAGGGCCCAUGCUGCUCCAGAAGGCCAAGGAGCUCGCGGACAUCAUGGGCCAGGAGUUUGUGCCUAGCAUCGGCUGGCUGGUGCGGUGGAAGCGCCGUAACAACGUAUGCUUCGGCCAGCGGCACCCGACACGAGCUGUCCACCCCCUGGAGCCCCUGUGUGACAAGGGGCCAGUGCCAGCUUCCCUCAGCCUGCCCCAGCUACUGAAGGACUUUGCCCCAGAGAACGUCUUUGGCUGCGGAGAAGUGGUGCUGCUGUACAAGGCCAUGCCAGGUAGGGAGCAGGAAGUCAGGGAGCAGCUGUGUGUUGUGCUGUGCGUGAAUGGGAGUGGCACGGAGAAGCAGAAGCCCGUGGUGGUGGGCAGGCGGCUGGCUCCGCGGUGUUUCUUUGGGGUCAACACGGAAACUUUGCCAGUACUUUACCGCAGCAGCGCCAACAGCCAGCUGACACCGGAGCUCUUUUCCGAGUGGCUGACGGACUUUGACCGGGAGAUGGGCCGGCAGCACCGCAGUGUGGCGCUUGUGCUGGACGCUGAGCGGCGCUGCCCCAAUCCAGAGCCUGCCAACAUCCGCCUAGUCUUCCUGCCCCCACGGCCACGCCAUGAUGACAGCCCCUCGCCCUGCCCACUCCAUCCCGACAUUGUCCGGGAUUUCAAGUCCCGCUACAAGCGCAGGCUUCUGGGCAAGGUGUUCUCCAUUGGCAGCGAGACUGACACCUCUCCUGCCUCCAUUGCCUCCUCCAUCACUGUGCUGGAUGCCCUCCACAUGGUGGCAGCCGCUUGGGACAAAGUCCAGCCCUCCCUGGUGGAACGGUGCUUUGGGGAAGCCGGCUGCUCCAAGGGGAAGGGAUCCUUUGGGCCUUCCAGGCACCCUCCCCCCAGGGGGAUGAGCCUGGAAGAAUUCCGGCGCUUCGUUGACAUGGAGACAGAGCUGGCCUAUCCCCCAACCCUGCCCCCAACCGGGGCCUACAAGGAGGAGGAAGAAGAAGAGGAGGGGGAGGGGGAGGACCUUUUUGGCAGCCUGCCCACGAAGGCUGAUGCCCUGAAGGCCCUGGGGACCUUGCGGCGCUGGUUUGAGUGUAAUGGCUCGGCCGAGGGGGUCUUCCGACAGUUUUACAGCUGUGAGGAAGAGGUGGAGCGGCUGUGCUGCCAGUGAGGGCCUGACUUCCCACACUGGGGGAGGAGGGUGCCCCCUGUAGCCUCCGAGGACAGGAACAUGGAGGGGCUAGUGGCCCAGCACCCCACGAACUUGGUACUGGGAGAGUGGGAUUCCAUUUCCAUUCCCCAGUACCUGCAGGCCUGGAAUCAUGCCCCAACAUGCCCACCUCCAGGGGGGUGCUAGCAGGACUGCUUUCAUGCGCCCAUUCUCUGCCAUGGCUUCUGAGAGCUGCUUCUGGGGGAGAGGAAUUGGAGACCCGCCCUUUUCUUUUCUUCUGGGUUCAUCUUUAUGGGUGUAUCUCUCAGCACCUAUCUUACUGUUACUGCUUUUACCACCACCCUCAUCAGGAUCCUCAGCCAAAAUUUGUCACUAGCAGUCCUGGGAUGCCUGCACUUGAAGGGUGUCCUGCUAGUUCACACCCCAAAAGGGCCAGAUUUCCAUGAUUGGGUGAAAACCAGGCUGCUUUAGAAGGGGGGGUUGAGUGAGUUUCGGGUCAUUUUAAUGGAAUCACAGUUACUGAAACACACUUUGGGGUCAGUUGUGGAAACCUUUUCCCAAAGAACUGCCCUUCUGCCUGUAAUAAAGGACAAAAGAAAGGGGGAGUUGAAUUUUGAGUUUUCCUCCCAACUGUUUGAACUCUAGGUGUUUAAAAAAAAAAAAAAAAAAAACUACCCCCCUGAAAGCGAUAGUGACAGCCUGACUGAGAAGAACAGCCCCUGAAUUACCUAGAUGUUGUUUCUAGAGACCUUAUCCUCCAGCUUACCAGGGAUACCAGGAAAGGGAGGAAGAAAAAUGUUCUAAUGCAGGGUAGUAUACCACCCCGGAGCCAGCAGCAUCUCAUCUUUGGCUGGGAAAAAUUGAACUUCCAUGGCAGCUGAGGUGAACAGAAGGGCGAGCCAGUGGGUAGGACAUUGGCCUGGAAGUCAGGACUUCUAAGUCCUAUUCCUAGUUCUGGGAGGAGCAUGGUGUCUAGUGGUCAGUGGAGGAGGCUGGAACUCAGGAUUCUUGGGUUCUAGCCCAAGCUCUGAGUGGGACAUGGUGUCUACACUGAGCCAAAAUUCCAAGGUUUGAACUCAGACCUAACCCCCAUUCUGUCUACACACGCAUUGCACUAACCCAAGGUUGGGACCCCAAAGCUCUAUUCAAGCCCUAUUGCUUUGCAGAGUAGACACAGCCUCACUGGACUCAAGCUCUGGGGUUCUGCUAACAGUCUCCCAUAAUCCUAUGGGUCAACUUUCUUUGUCCUCUGGACAGGCAAGCUUUCCCACACUACCCCACAACCAAAGGGUGAGAGCAGCCACAUUUUGGGAGGGCACGAGGAAGUCCAGGACAUGGGUGGUUGGACUUGGGCCUGCCUAAUGCAGUGUAGAGGCUGGAGCCCUAGGUUGGGAUCCAGGGUUGAACAAUUCUUAACCUGUGGUUACAAAGCACUGUAGCUGCUUAGGCUCUAGUCCAGUUCUAUCAGUCAUGGACUGACACUGCAGAGUAGACAGACCCUGGAUCCCUGACCUCUGGGCUCUAUUCCCAGCUCUGCCUCUGACCUUGAAUAAAUCCCAAAUCCUCCCGGUGCGCCAGUUUCCUUACCCAUUCUUUGUCUAUUUAGACUCAGUUUUUUGGACUCAGAAACCAUCUCUCACCCUGUACAGAGUAGAGAUGUUAAAUUUAGAUUAAUUGGCUAAUCGAAUAGUCGAUGUAAUUUGUAUUGACUAUUGGAUUAGUUGA